GUCGACAUCAAGUUCGAACAUUACUGGCCUACCAAAACGCCGUUUUAAAGUCAAAAAUAGUAAAAAUAUAGAAAGGAGUGAAAAAGAAGAAAACGCGAAAGUGAAAAAAAUAUAAUUUUAGGAAAUAUUGUGUCUGAAAGAAGUGAAAAGAAGUUAGCUGCCAUAAUAUUGUCAAGAACAUAAAUAAAAGCUCUCAAAUGCAGGCGUAAAAAGAGGAAAAUUAAGAAAAUUGUGAGAAAAUUUUAUAAAUUUGCUUUCAACGCAAAAAGAACUCACAUAAAGAGCUUUAAAGAGCUCCCAAUCCCAUCAUCGUGUAAAAGUUAAUAUAUCUUAGCAAAACCAUCAUGGUUGAGGUGUCCAAAGAGGAUCUUGUAACCUGGUUUCAAAAAAUGCAAAGCUAUAAACGAAUCGACAUAAUGUGUACAUUACUCAACUUGUGCCUUCCGUUUGAGUUACGUUUUCUGGGAACGUGUCUAGAAGAGUUAGGUCGACGCGAUGCUCAAGAUUUGCGAGGCGUCGAACUUCGUGUUAAUAAUCCACAAGAAUUUGUUAAUGAGCUGGGAGCAUUCCAGAAAGGAUUACCGAACGACACAAAGAUCCGCAGAAAAAUGGCUUUGUACCUUGCACUUAUGCGUGCAUGUAAUCGAACUGGUGUUAUUGAACUUUUCAAGACACUUGACCGAUGGGGAGAAUUUGAUUUUACACAAUUUAGCGAUGGUGAUCCACUAAAAGAGCUUCUGCUCGUUUAUACGAUGGCCGCCAAUCAUCCAGUCUUCAGCUUCGAGCAACGACUCAAAUGCGGUGAAAUUUAUAGCAAAAUAAUAUCAAGCAAAGCACAUUUGAAUCUACAAUCACCUGAGACAACAUCACCGAUCACAUCUCCACUAACAUCGUCGAAUUUUAGCACUCAACAUCAGCAACAGCAUCAAACGACAUCACCACCUCCGUUCCCUUCAGCGACAUUUCAACAACCAACACCACAGAUCAUCAAUCCUCAAACUCAACAGCAAAUACCAAAUCCUAUACUUAUGGCUUUUCCGCCAAACGUGACUCCGUUGAUUCCAACAGCUGAUCCAGCAACGACGAUAGCAUUAAAUGUUGAAAGCUUGCCUUCACACAUGGGUGUGCCACAAACGGUGAUGCAGAUUCCACCUGACUUCAGUUCACCACCACCACUACCUUGGAUACGAUAUCAACCGCCAAUCUAUCCAAUGGUCCAAAUGGAUACACAAUUUCCACCACAAGCUUCUUCACCACAUUUGAGUCAACCAUCAUCACCUACACAUAGUCGAACCGGAAGUCCAACACGUAUACAACAACAGCAAUCGAACCAAGUUCAACAACAGCAGCAACAACAAACAUCGAGUCAAGCUCAACAACAAAUUAUGUCGAAUCCAGUGACACAAAGUCAAGCACUUAGGAAUAAUCGUUCACUUAGGAAUGCAAGACCAUCAACAGAAACAACACCACCGCCAUUACAAUCACAACAACAACAACAGCAGCAACAGUCGAGCCAGGGAAGUGGCACCAUUUAUAUGGGCAACGAUAUCAUGGUGCCAACAAUAAAUAAGUUUGAAGAAAUCAACAUGGAAGGUGCCAUUUCCCAACUCCAUACGCUCGCCCUUAGAAAUGGUUAUAAUCGUCAGACGAAUACAAUACCAAGACAAAAUAAACAACAGCAGAACUGGAACGCUGUGCAUGUUGCUGGUGGUGCUGGAGCUCCAAUUGCCAAUGCCAUGAAUUAUACGAUGCAUAUGGUGGAUCCUUCACAAUUAUCGCAGAUAAACAUGAGGAAAACAGCAACAGGUGUCGCGCAGGGAAGUGAUUCUGGUGGAUCGUCAACAGGUGAAGGUUCGCCGCCACCAAUACAAUCUGAACAUAACGUCGGAUUGCACGGUAAUGCAAAUCAAACACAGUCAAGUGGUAGUUUAAGAAACAAACAACCAUUAAAUUUAAGCAGACUGAAUGGGGGAAAGCAUGGGACUGGUGGACCAUCAUCAACGUCAUCAUCAUCAUCAUCCUCAACAAUGACGAGUAGUAACAAUAAUAAUAAUUUAGAAUUUAAUAAUGCUGCUGCUUCUGGUAGUCUGGUGACGAGUACAUCAAGUGGAAAUUUACCUCUUCUCAUUGGUGGACAAAUGCACAAUUUUCCAACAUAUCGAACAAUGUCACAACAGCAUCCACCACCUCAACAACAGCAACGACAAUUUCCAACACAACAAAACGGUGGUGAUAUUAUGUAUCCAUUAACAACAUCAUUCCUUCCUCCGCCUCCUCCAAUACCAAUUGUGGUGAGUAGUGGUGGGUCACAAAGAGCAUCUCCAUCGUCUGUACAGGUUAUUCCUACACCAUAUCCAACAAAUAAAAUGGUUCAAUCGUGUUUUAAUUGUGGCUCGAUUAAUCAUACGGGACUUAAUUGUUCGGAAGCAUCAAUGGAAGAUGUGACGAGAAAUGCUGUUUACAAAUUAGAUUACACGGUAAAUACACCACAGCUUGUACAGUUUUCAACAUCGACGACGGCGGUGGUGUCUGCAGCAACGGCGGCGUCGCCAGCAGUUAUGAUGCCGUCACCAUCGGCAAAUAGUUUAAUAUUUACCAACCUGCCAUCGAACAAUAAUGAGUUAGAUCCACAGAUAACAUUUAUUGAUUUAACACAAGACACGACAAGCAGUUCAAGUAGUUCGAGUACAAGUUCGAUACACGGUGCAAAGUAAGUGAACGGUGAAAAAUUUUAGAUUUUAAAAUUGCGCAACGGAGAUUUGGGGAAAAAAAAGCUUUCAAAUGAAGUUCAAUUCAAAUUUUUUAAAAGACAUUCUUUGGCUUCAAAAGUUUUACCUAAUUUACUAAUCUUUUUAAAAUCAUGAUAAACGACGAUGUGCUAGAAGAGAUAUUUAAUGUAAUGAAUGUAACAAUAACUUGAUGCAUAGCCAUUUGUUUUAAAUUCAAAUCUUUUCGAAAUUUCGUCUUAAAUUUGGUUUGAUUUGAUUUUUGAAAGCUCCACAUUUAUAUGAAAAUUUUAAGAAAAGCAUAAAUAAUUCGGAUACUUAGCCUUGAAAAAGGCUUUUUUUUUUAAUGUUAUUUAAAUAUUUUCAUUCAUCAUUUUAAAUGUUAUUAUAGAAUUUCAGUCAAUAUUUUUGAGGCUUUUUCAAUAGUAAUGAAUGUCCGUUUGAUGUUGUAUUAAGAGAUUGAAUUUCUUUUCUUUCUUUUGUCAUUUCAAACCAGGCCUUGAAGACAUUAAUUAUUGUUUUGUAAUGUUGAAGUUGAAAAGAAAUGAAAUUUUCCAUUCAAAAGUAUACAAAAAAAUAAAACUAAAAGCGAACAAAAAGCCGA